AUGGGACGGCCGGUCCUCCUCGACCCUCCGCUUGCCUCGUCGGCCGCUUCGCCCGUCUCUCCCCCUCCUCGGAGCGACCCGCCCGCUCAGACUCCCUCAUCGCCCGCAUCCAACGACAGCGAUUCAACGAUCCUCCCUGCGUCUCCAUUCUACGGUCUCGCACCGGAAGUCGUCGCCCUCUUGCGCCCGCCCGGACAGCUUGCGACCGCAAGGCCGACGGACACUCCGGCGGCGAGGGCGCUCGAUGCACGACUCGACUUCGCACUCAACUCGUCCCGCUCGCACACGUCACCAGGAUUGGAGCUCAAUGCGGACGAGGGACCGCCUUGUCCGCCAUUGCGUACUCCUAGAAGGCCAUCUCCUACGGAGCGUCCGACGCCUCCUCCCAACCGGAUCCCGACCACGACUCCCUUCCUCGCUACUCGUACGGCACCUGUAGGCCGCGAAUUCGGCUCGGAGAUCGUAGCAGGACGAAGCCCAGACUUUGCUGCGAGGCUGCAAACGCUCGCACAGACUCUUGAAUCCCUCGCCGAGCGCGCUGGCUCGCUUUACCCUCAACCAGAUCCUCCAGCGCCUCUCGUCACUUCCGCCGCUUCCCUCGAAACUCCAACUAUCGCUCGGCAUACAGACGGCAUCCGCCACACCGUUCGACAGCUCCUCCUCGCCUCUCAACGAGUCAGCGAUGCGGUUGAGCGACAUCGCCAACGCCAACUCGUCCUGGAUCCCGCUCAGCCUCUUCCGGUUAUCCUCCCCGACCGCUCGCUCUCGCCUAGUCCGCAUCGACCCGCUUCGACGACCACGCUCGACCCGCUACGACCACCCUUCACCUCCUCCCCUCUCCCGCUAUCCCGAACCUCCGCAACUCCCGCACCGCUCGCCGAGCCCGAGAACUACCCGGGCGAACACGCCCAGCUCCUGCGCAUCAACCAGCUCCAAGCCGACAUCGCUUCGCGCGCCAACGAGCUGCGUGAUUUGCGCGAACGCAGUCUUGAGCUUGAGAGGGCGCAGAGGGCGAUCGCGAGGAGGGAGGUGUUGGAGCUGAGCGACGAGGAGGGCGAUUGCGAAAUCGAGGUGGGUGCUGGAGGGCGAGGAGUCGGACCUUUCCAGCCUUUCGCGGGGACGAGGCGAGGACUCGGCCGUGAGUGCAUCCAGUCGGAAAAGCGGGAGGAGCGGGAGAGGCGGCGAAAGGAGUACGAGCAGUGGAAGUUUUGCGGCCGCUGA